AUGGCUUCUCCUUCUGUUGUAGAAGAUCGUCCAGCUUCUCUCGAUGCUACAUCUGAUCCACCAACUCUGUUCGAUGGAACCAUAAGAUUGUACACAAGCUACGUUUGCCCAUUUGCUCAACGAGUUUGGAUCACCAGAAACUUUAAGGGUUUGCAAGAAAAGAUUAAACUUGUUCCUUUGGAUCUUGGGAAUAGGCCUGCUUGGUACAAGGAGAAAGUAUAUCCAGAGAACAAGGUGCCAGCUCUUGAGCACAAUGGAAAAAUCAUAGGGGAGAGUCUGGAUUUGAUCAAAUAUCUCGAUAACACUUUUGAGGGGCCUUUGCUUUACCCCCAGGAUCAUGCAAAGCGAGAGUCUGGUGAAGAGUUGUUGAAAUACACUGAUACAUUCAUUAAAACUAUGUAUGGAUCACUCAAAGGAGACCCGUUUAAAGAAACCGCACCUGUGCUAGAUUAUCUGGAAAACAUUUUGCAUAAGUUCGAUGACGGGCCAUUCUUCCUCGGCCAGUUUAGCUUGGUUGAUAUCGCCUAUAUUCCAUUUAUUGAACGGUUUCAAAUCAUACUCAAUGAGUUGUUUAAGUAUGACAUUACCGCAGAACGUCCCAAACUAUCAGCUUGGAUCGAGGAAAUGAACAAGAUUGAUGCCUAUGCACAAACGAAAAUGGAUCCCAAGGAGAUUGUGGAGAUUUUCAAGAAAAAAUUCAUGUAA